AUGGAUCCAAUUCUUGAUGGGAACAACACACCAAAGUGUAUAUGCUAUGCAUCAUCAACAGAAAGUGCAACCUUUUACGGAAAGUAUAAUGCCAUGUAUUCCGCCGAUGAUUGUUGGAACGGAAUGCACAAGGCUCUCAAUUUCGCCGAUAACCAAGUCAUGCGCAAUUACGUACAGCUAGAGGCAUUUCCCUUUUGUUUGGCGAGUCUUUUUGCCAUCCUUCGGUGCUUCACUUUCAUUGAUUUAGCACAAGCCGUUCCAUCACUUAAACCAAGGCGUGUUGCUGCAUGCAGAGAUGAGGAGGCCAAUAGCAACAGUGAAGAGCUUAAACAAAAGGAAGUGUUUCUGAGGGACAACAUUUCGAUGUGGAUUGGAAGCAGGGGAUACAUAGUUCUGUCUGUGGUUUCCAUAAUCGUAAUCCCCUUAAUGUUUCCUCAGCUGAAAUGGUUCUACGUUGUCAUUGCUUACAUCCUGGCCCCAUCCCUGGCGUUCUGCAACGCCUACGGAACGGGUCUCACUGACAUGAACAUGGCGCACAAUUACGGCAAAGUGGCGCUCUUCGUGGUGGCAGCAAUGAGUGGGAGAGACAAGGGCGUAGUGGCGGGACUCGUAGCUUGCGGUCCGGUGAAAUCCGUGGUCUCGUGGCUUCUCCCCUCGGCUUCUUUCUCUUCUACAAGGCCUUCGAUGUGGGGAACCCGAAUGGGGAGUUCAAGGCUCCUUACGCGCUUAUUUACGAAACAUGGCGGUGUUGGGAGUGGAGGGUUUGUCAGUGCUGCCCCAUCAUUGCUUGCAGCUUUGCUACGGGUUCUUCGGCUUUGCGGUGGCCGUGAACUUGGUGAGGGACAUUUGCCCGAAGAAGAUUGGGAAGUGGAUGCCCUUGCCCAUGGUGAUGGCGAUACCAUUUCUGGUUGGAGCGUACACUAG